AUGGCUGAGCCAGGCUCACCGGCUGCUGGUAGCAACCAAGCCUCAGCAGACCAGUCGAAGGUGAAGCAACUUUUCAACUUCACCCAAAUUUUCUUCUUCUCCCUGACAUUCAUGUCCAGUUGGGAGACGAUGGGGCUAAAUCUAACUGCAGUCUUUACCAAUGGUGGCCCUCGAGCUCUGGCUUGGGGGAUUAUUGUCGUCAUCGCCGGUGGACUGGCACAGUCUGCUUCGAUGGCAGAGAUGGCUUCCAUGCAGCCCAUUGCUGGUGCUCAGUACCACUGGACCCAUUAUCUCGCUCCUCAGAAACAUAAGAAAUUUAUCACUUGGAUGCAAGGUUGGAUAACCUGGUUUGCAUGGGUGUCCCUCCUUGCUGGCGUGGCCAACACUACAGCCAAUAUGAUUCAAGGCCUAGUCACCGUGAACUAUCCUACCUAUGAACCCGAAAGGUGGCAUCUUACAUUCAUUAUUUUUGCUAUGCUAAUAAUCGAAGGAUUGAUGAACAUGUACACCUUUUGGCUAAUCCCGUGGAUUGAGUUACUGGCCGGGAUCCUCCAUGUGGUUCUGUUUAUAGUCUUUGUCGUUGUUCUGGUCUCAAUGGCCCCCCGACAUACCGCUGGAUGGGUUUUUGGGGACCAUACCUCUUCCUCAGGAUGGAACAAUGAUUUCAUUUCAUGGAACCUAGGUUUACUUACACCUACCUGGGGCUUUGUGGGGUUUGACGGAGCCGUUCACAUGAGCGAGGAAGUUCGUCGGGCAAAGCAGGCUGUUCCCAGAUCUAUGGUCUGGACCGUUGCAACAAAUGGGAUUCUUGCAUACUCGAUAAUCAUCACUAUCCUUUUCACCAUGGGCCCAAUCGACGGUGCUCUGAAAUCAAAUUUCCCCAUUAUCGAGAUUUGUCGGCAAGCUACCGGCUCCGUGAGGGCAGCAACCGCUAUGGUUAGCGGAUUGCUUAUUAUUUCACUCGCCGUUAAUCUUGCUAGCAUUGCGUCAACAUCACGUCUUACUUGGGCAUGGUCUCGUGACGGUGGCCUCCCAACUUGGUUCUCAACUAUUGAUAAAAGGCAUUGUGUCCCCGUUCGUGCCGUCUGGCUUUCUAUUGGAGUGGUUAUGGUACUCGCAUGUCUCAAUAUAGCGAGCACUACAGCUUUCGGUGCAUUUAUUGCCCUCUCUUCCAUCGGAUUGUUCAGCUCCUAUUUUAUUGCCAUUGGAUGUAUGGUAUUUGCGCGGUUCUCUCGAGACUGCCCCUUGGAAUUAGGAGAGUGGAACUUGGGUAGAUAUGGCCUUGCUGUCAACAUUUUUGCAAUGGUUUAUACUGCAUAUGUGACAAUCUGGCUACCUUUCCCCUCACUACUGCCAGUUACGGCACAGAAUAUGAACUACUCCUUGCCAAUUUUUGCAUUUAGCACGCUAUCUGCUAUGUUAUAUUGGUUCUUAAGAGGUAAGAAGCAUUGGGGUGGUUUGAACAAGGAGGUCAUUCGAUUGGUUGUAGAGCGAGGCGAACUGAGCUUGAUCAGUUGA